AUGGCCAGCAAGGACAAUGAUGUGCCAGGAGAGACGCCGUCUCUCACCUCCAAGGUGCUCAAUCUGGGCAUGGCCGUCACUGAGAAGUUUGCCCCCCUCAAGAAGGUCUGCCAGCAUGUCUGCGCCUUCCACUUCUACGCCCAUGACAUGUCGCGCCAGGUGGAGGCGCACCACUACUGCUCGCAUCUGAGCGAGGAAGUGCGCCAGUGUGUCAUCUAUGACAGCGAUGCUGCAAAUGCGCGACUGAUCGGAGUCGAGUACAUAAUCUCCCGCCGCCUGUUUGACUCGCUGCCAGAGGACGAGAAGAAGUACUGGCACAGCCACACCUACGAGGUGAUGUCUGGGCAGCUGUAUGCGCCGAGGGUGCCUGUGGUGGCGGAGAACGAGGAGAUGAAGAAGCUGGUCGACACCUACGGCAAAACCUGGCACAUGUGGCAGGUCGACCGGGGGGACCCGCUGCCUCUGGGGCCGCCCCAGCUGAUGAUGGCGUUCACGGCAGACAACCAGCUGAGGGAGGAUUUAGUGGCGGACAGGGAUGCCCGUUACGGCAAGAACACAGCAGAGUUACGGGAAAUACGGCAGCAGAAGCUUACGGUGCCCUCGGACGCCCCCUCGUCGGCCGCCAACCACUGGCAGACGAGCGAGGGCAAGGCCUGGCAGACGGACAUGCAGCAGACGGACUUCAAGCGAUGA